AUCCUGCUGUAUUCGACGAUAUUGCACAAGGUUUCUCUCUUUUGAUUUUUACUUCAUCAUCUCCCAGCAAGUGAAGUCUCUCUUCUCUUCAAUAGCAGUGGCAAGCUCUGCGCCAAGUAAAGUCUCUGCGACUGCUAUUCUCCCGUUUUGUUUCAAAAAUUAAAGAUAACCACCAGCCGUCGAGUAGUAACAUGCACUUGACCUGAAGUGAAACAGUGGAGGUUCAUCCAACGACCUAACGUUAGCUUCUUGGCAGUUUUGCUGAGGAAAUAAGUUAAUUUUCAUCCAUAUGGUUGUAAGGGAUGAGUUAAUUUUAUGAAGAGAAUAGUGACGAGCGAGAACAUUCGGAUCUCUGUGUACAAUUUCGCACAGGGUCGAGAAUGACAUGUUCCUCUCUUCGACAUCAGUUGGCGGCGGAGUUUUUCAUCAAGCAGUCUCUUCUGGAAACGGUGGUGUCAAAACCCUCAACUUGUCCUCAUCCUCCUACCAAAGUCACCAUCACAGCUACCAAGUCCCCCAGCCAGCACACUCUUCAAAAAAGAGGAAGGUCGAACACACUGCACCUAUUGAUUGCGUGACUGCUGUAGCUGAUAGCAGUAGCGGUAGUGGGGGUGGUUGUUGGUUGGGGGAGUGUCGGUGUAACUCAAAGUGUCGUCAGGGGAGGCAUCAUCUGUGUGGUGGGCGGGUGUCACAAGCUCCAAAUGUGUCAGAGAGAGGGGUGUCACCCCAACCUCCAGCAGCACACAUACACAACCAGUCUUCCGCGAACAAACUACAUCACGACUCUUCAUCGUCGUCGUCAAGCUAUCACCGGUGUAAUCGAAAGCGCAAGUGUUUAGACGCCGAAGGAGGGCUGGGUGGUGGGCAUGGUAUUGCGGAGAGUGGAGUUGGAGUAUCUCACACAACAAAUUGCAACACAACAGCCACCACGGCGGUACAAAGUAAAGCAGCAGCCAUCGGGGUCAGUAGUGGGGGUGGCGAUGGCGACUAUCAACUUGUUCAACAUGAGGUUCUUUUUUCCAUGACCUCGCAGACCCACUAUGAGGUCUUGGAAUUUCUGGGUCGCGGCACUUUUGGCCAGGUGGUCAAGUGCUGGAAACAAGGAACAAAUGAAAUCGUUGCCAUUAAAAUCCUCAAGAAUCAUCCAUCGUAUGCUCGCCAGGGCCAGAUUGAAGUGAGCAUCCUUUCACGACUUUGUCAAGAAGAUGCCGACGAAUUUAAUUUUGUUCGAGCUUUCGAGUGCUUCCACCAUCGCAAUCACACUUGCCUGGUGUUUGAGAUGUUGGAGCAAAACCUGUACGACUUUCUCAAGCAGAACAAAUUUUCACCACUUCCGUUGAAAUAUAUUCGCCCCAUCUUGCAACAAGUCUUGACUGCGUUGCUGAAACUCAAGCAACUUGGAUUGAUUCAUGCUGACCUGAAACCAGAAAACAUUAUGCUUGUCGAUCCCGUUAGGCAACCGUACAGGGUCAAAGUUAUCGACUUUGGAUCGGCUUCACAUGUCUCUAAGGCUGUCUGUAAUACUUACCUACAGUCAAGAUACUACAGAGCCCCCGAAAUUAUAUUGGGUCUGCCGUUUUGCGAAGCAAUUGAUAUGUGGUCACUUGGUUGUGUCGUAGCAGAAUUAUUCCUUGGAUGGCCUCUUUAUCCUGGGUCCUCGGAAUAUGAUCAAAUUCGUUACAUUAGCCAAACACAAGGGCUGCCUACUGAACAUAUGCUAAAUUCUGCAUCGAAAACUACAAAGUUUUUCUACAGGGAUCUGGAUAGUACAUAUCCUUUCUGGAGACUAAAGACUCCGGAGGAACAUGAAGCAGAAACUAACAUCAAGUCUAAAGAAGCUAGAAAAUAUAUUUUCAACUGUGUGGAUGACAUUGGUCAAGUAAACGUGCCCACAGACCUCGAGGGUGGUGAACUUUUGGCAGAAAAGGCUGAUCGGCGAGAGUUUAUUGAUUUAUUAAAAAGGAUGUUAACAAUGGAUCAGGAGCGUCGCAUCACACCUGGCGAAGCAUUGAACCACUCAUUCGUAACUCUCGCACAUCUUGCCGAGUACGCACACUGUUCCAACGUCAAGGCCAGUGUACAAAUGAUGGAGGUUUGCCGUCGAGGAAGUAAUACAUUUGUGUCCGCGUCCAACCAGGGCCCUUCAGCCUCUCUUGUGGCUAAUUUAGUCCCAUCUUCGGGUGCAAAUGUGACGCUGGCGUUUCCUCCCUCACUUGCAAACCAAUAUCAGUUGUACGGCAGGGCCAAUCAUCAUCGUCAGUAUUCCUCACAUGGGGGGCGUGGCGAUUUUCCACCACAACUCGUACCUCCCCUGUUGUGCCCGCCGUAUCAUGGAAACUAUUCGAAUGUGGCCGCAGCGCAGCAGCAAUAUGUUCCAGUGUCAAUGGUGGACCAAGCCAGCCGACAGAUGCUUGUAACAGGUGUACAGACUUCAUGGGCUGGUGGGCGCCAAGUUGCAGUUAUUCCAUCAACUUGGCCUGGCCCGCAUCCUCCUGCACCACAACUUCAACAACCGUUGAUUCCAGAGUCCGCCGAGUGGGGACGACCAUUGCUGGUUGAUUCUGCUGCAAUCAUCCAAAUGAAUAAUUCUUACCGGGACCAGCGGCACGUAUUUCCUGUUGAACUGGCUGAGAUGUACGAACCUCAGGGUCUAAUUGAUGGCCCAUGGGGUAAGCGCAACGGUGGACUUGGAGUCAAUUCGAAUGCAGCAGCAGCAUCUUUGAAACCAUCACACAUGGUUCUUGCUCCAGGGCAUCCUCAGCAUUCAAUUCAACCCCCACUGGCCCAUCAAACGACGUAUUCCUCCCUCAACUAUGGACCUGGGAACAAUGUGGUUGGGAAUGGGAACAACAGGAAUAGAAAUAACAACAUUGGGAAUUCUAUACCCGCACAUUCGAAAGUGCAUCACUACCACGGUAAUAGUUCUUCCCACAUUGGCCACCAUUAUGAGGGGGGCCAUGUCAAAAAAGAAAAUGCGACUCAAUUGAGCCCUGUCAAGAAACGAAUUAAGGAAAGCAGUCCAAGUAAUAACAAUCACGGAUGGAACAACAAUCAACCGGCGCAUUCAUCAUCUUCGUCGUCUUCCCGACACGUUCCUUAUACAAGUCACCAACCAAAAUUAGAAGUUCCUGGAAAUAUUGUAUACAAUCAAAAUUUCCAAGAAAACGUAGAAAAUGGGAAUCAUCAAAUGAAAGGAACUGAAGGACCUUCCAUUUCUAGUUCUAACCAAAAUGCUUCUCGAGGGUCGCUCCGACAGCCCACCAUUACAAUUCGAGACACACCGUCUCCUGCCGUCUCCGUCAUUACGAUCUCCGAUAGUGACGAUGAAGGAGCAAGUUGUCGAGAUCGGACUUGCAGCGCUUGUGUAGACUCGAAAGUUCCACAAUGCACAUUGGGAACUCACUGCUCUUCUGUGGUAGUCACUCCACAGCAAGAUGAGCAAUCUUACAGAAGCCAUAGACCAUCUCCGAGGCACAAUAAUAAUAAUAAUUCUGGACGGCGACGUAACGUUGUUUCAUGCGUAACUGUUGGGGAUAGUGACGAGGAACAUAGAAGCCCUGCUAAAUCUUCCCAACGUCAUAACGCCUCCCAGAAUUGUACAAUUCCAAAUGGCACCAACUACAACAACAACAAUCAAAAUCAACAUAUUGAGAAUAAUCAGUAUCACGCUGCUCUUCAUCCAUACUCUGCAAUGGGUCAAAUAACAAAUGGAAAUGGACCCAUCAUGCGUGACGUAAAACCUGAAGUGAUAACAUCAUACGCCUCUCAGAAGAAACGAUUACUAGCAAAGGCGCAGUCAGAAUGUCUCAUUGGGAUGAAGCAGGAGCCAGGCUUGCAUGACAUCCAUUCAAAUAACAUGAGCAAUCACGACACACCAAAGUCAAUCAAGGGUUAUCACAAUGGAGAAUAUUACCAUGGCUCUUCAGCUCAGAAUGGAAAUGUGCCCAAUGGAAGUGGCAUGAAUGGCAAUUGUGGAUCAUCGUCAUCGUCAUCUUCUAGCAUUCAAAAUGGAAUGGUGAACAAUGGGGAAUAUCACGUUCAUCUGCACGGGCAUGGGGGUCAUUUCCCACCACCGGCUCAUAGAAAUGACAACAUGACUGGACAAGAUAUGGUGGCUCAUGCACAUUUAUUGCGAGAAGCUCAUAAUCAAAAUCUUAAGUGCACUAAUUGGCCAGGAACACUUCAGCCUCAUUCAUACAGGCAAGACUUAAAUGGAAGUCGGCAUCUGUCUCCACAAACGCCACGACAGAUUUUAAUUGGUAGAGGUUUGUCUCCUCAUCCACCGCCGGCACCGCCACCGGGUUUGUAUGCCGCAUCUACACAGGAGUUAUUCCGUAGAGGAAAUCAUAACGGAGCUAAUGCAGUAUACAUGACAAGCGGUCAACCCGCUGGCCCGUAUCAAUUGAAUCCGUUUGCAUCAGGGGCUCUGCCUCCUCCAGCACAUCACGGGAGCGCAAGGUCUGUUUUGGCAGCUCAUGCCGCGCACGCCCACGCGUCUCAUCAUGGACACAAUCCCCAUACGUUACCACCGCCGGCACACUUGCCACCUGUGUUUAGUACACAUCCACCAAUGGCAAUGGCAUUUGGUCCUCUGAGCCCUGCAAAGGCCACUUACCAACCUUUGUGGUUCGCCGAGUAGUUAACUCAGUCAUUGCUACUACCACCUCUGCUUGCAAGGAUUCAGACAAAUUUGGGUUGAUUUAUGAAUCUGAAUAGAUAUAUUAUACAUACAACAACAUUAUCUUAUAUGACUCUCAAGUCGUUGGUUUUUUUAGAAUUUAAUUGUGGAUUUAAGUGACUGUUGGAGUUGACUAAUGUGAAACAACUUAAUCCCUUAAAUUCUCGUUUAAAUUGUUGGUGCUGUUUGUGCACUAAGAACAUUUUUGAUAUAUCUACCCCAUAGUAAUUACGUAUUAAUUGACUUGCAUGUCAACAUAGCCGUUCCUUGUUGCAUGUGUUUGAAUUUUUGCUUGUAUAUUAUGUUUUAGAAGGAAAGAGGCUCAGGAUUAAGGACUUACCAUUUGAAUAGAUUAGUUGACGAUAUUAUGUACUAUUUAAUAUUUAAAACCCCUCCGGUAAUUAUCGUUGUGUUGAUGAAACAUUGUUUUAUCUGUAUACAUUAUUUGUGCUUUAAUAUUAUUUCAUAUGCAUGUAGCAUCGCAUCAAAUGCUUCGCAGGACUGAUCAUAAUAAUGUUAAUGAAAUACUGAAGAUUACGUCAAAUCAAUUUAUACCGACGACAUUUGCUAGUUGCAUCACACAAAAUUAAUAAUAAUAUUUAAGUGCUUCUUCACUCGACUUGUUCACUUUUCCAUACAUAUCCCCCAGAAUACUGAGCGUGUAGUAGGAAUAAGAGGUAGGAAUCCCUUACCUCUUUAUCCUUCAUAAUAUUUUAAGGUUGUGAAUACUAACAACGACUUGCACUUGUUUAGUUAAUCUUGAAUACUUGGGCCACACUCCCAUCUGGAUAAGAUGAACAAGUCGCAACAAACUAUAAUAAUGAAAACUUUUGAGGUUUUGAGAAUCAUAUUAUGCAAAAUGCCUAUAUAGUUGUUAUUAGCUGCUCCGUUAUUCAACUUUCUCACCAAUAAUAAUAAACUUUGACCAAUAAGUGUACUAAUGAAGCUAAACUAUUGUUAGAUAUAUAGAGAUAGGGGUACAAGAUUCGCAUUAUGUGUUAAUAAGUAGUUACUAUCGCAGUUCCAUUAGUUCGACAACGUGAUAAAUGUUUAAUAUUUCGGUACAAGUAGAAAGAGAGAUAAUGAAGGAAAUGUUUAGCAACGAUGAUAAGCAUGCAUGUAUGUAGGUCAUUAGUAAAUAACUCCUAUUACGUUGGAUCGUAUUUAUCCGCAAUGAAUAAUAAGGUGAUGAUCAUGUAAUAACUUCUCGUCUAUUGUGACGCAAUAGAGUUGGAGGUGAACCAUUUUACACACUCCGCUGCUAUAGUAUACUAUGCAAGUCUAGUUUUUGAAAUACUGCGAACACUAUGCAAAUAUAUAUAUGCAUGCAUUCUCUCCAUUAUACUUCCACUUGUUGUUAUCAUACUUUUUCCCGUUCUCUAUUUCAGUCUUAAUACGACAAGGCAAGGCAACCAGUUUUGGUUCAAAGAGUUCAAGUAAAAAAAAAAACUAUUUAAACGUAGUGCGACGAGAGCCAAUAACUGUGAUCUGCUAAUUUCUUUAUUACAUUUAAUUUUGUGUCACCGUGUGUAUUAUAUAACGAGUUCCGAACUGUAAAUGUACGCUGUAUGACUUGAUGUUGCAAUUGACCUUGCAAUAACAUUUAAGAAAUAAUAAUUCAACACUAUAAAUUUAUAUACAUUUACCAAUCGAUUAUUUGUGUAAGGACAUUAUUAUUACUACUACCACUACCAAUACAAUCGUGAUGAUACGACUUCCACCGGAAUAAUAGUUAAUGAAUUAGUUACAUACAUCGCAGUGUGCCGCAGGAGGAGGAUUAUUGGUUAUUUAAAAUCAAAAUCUCAGAGAAAGUUUCACAUUUAAUAUUACUGUAUGCUUAAAUACAACAAGGACUGUUUUUUGUUAUUGUUGAUGAUGACUAUUUGAAACUGAUCAUCACAUUCACUAUUAUUAUACUCUUGAUAAUUUUAACUAUGAUAUUUAAUGAAUGGCAUCAUCACACUUUUAACUACCAAGAUUUCUCUUGCUUAUACACACACAGACUUUAUAGCGUAGGAGAAAGAGAGGAGAAAAUUUAGAUUCUGUAUUUUAAUCUUACAUCAAAGGAUGGAUUUAUAUAUUAUACAAUUUUGUGAUGAUGAACGUUUUAAGCAAUUGAACAAGUGUUGUUACAUAUUAUUAAUUGGCAGGGAGGCGAUAAUAGAGAGAAAGAGAGAGAGAUAAAGUUCCACUAAAACUAACAAUAACUUGAAGCUUGGUCCGUUAUGUAAGGUGUUGUUGGUUGCAGGCUUCCUUAUCCGUAUUUAUGACAACUUGAGCAUUCUAACAUGAUUCCAUUAUUAUUAUUAUUAACUCCAGGCUGGAAUAGGUAGUAGGAUAAUAACUUAUCGUGUAACUUAUCAGUAGUAGGAGCGGUUGUUUGUUUUCAAAGAAAUAGUUCUCAGAAAUUAGAAAUAAUUCUUUUAAAAAAUUCUUCAUCGUUCUUACCGUCGCAUUACAUAGAUAUUUAGACACGUAAAUAGAUAAUAUUUAAGGGUAGAGAGAGCGGAGACGGCGGAGGAGCGGAGAAAGCAUGCAAGUUCUCUCGCAUGUAGUUGGUUAGCACACGAAAGUGGCCUAGAUUUUUAGAUGAGGAAAUUGAGAAAAUGGACAAAAUUGGUCAAAAUAAUACAUUUCCUGCAACUUGUAGAUUGUUAUUCGCAGCAUUUUCUACUACUUGAACAUUUCUCGACCAUUCAACAGGCUAUCAAAUAUUAUCAUAUUAUGUAAUUGAAGACGGUGUAGUUCUCGUUAGUUAAAUGUAUGAAGGGGCUACUACUACUAUUAAGGAAGGAGCAGCGUUUGUACAAGUACCUUUAUGCCACUGAUUCUAUAAGUUCUAUGAAAAAAUUCAAUCGAAUAGACUGCUCUCGGUGUCCAUCAUCUCUAUUCUGUUACCGUAUCAUGAUAGCGUCGUUAUACACCAUGUAAUAAACAAUACUUGUAUACUUAAUAAAGUAAUAAGCUAAGGUUUAGUAUGAUAUAUGCCAUCACAGGAAAUGGUUAGUAAACUGCCACCAUCACCGCCGCCGCCGCCGUAUACAUAGUUGAAAAGCUGUAGAGAAAAUGGUAGCGAAAGUGUUAGUAGUCGGCGUUGGCGUUGUAUGUAGAAAUAUCUAUAAAAGAUGAUGCAGCGUAUAAUGCGAAUAAGUAACGAGUUGAUAAGUGAUGUGUAGUUAGUCGUAGUCUCAGAUGUUUCCAAUUUCUACAAUUUCUACAAUUAAUUACACACCACCAUCACCACCUCCUGGUGUCUGUGAGUCUGAUGAUAUCUUUCCUCCUCCUCCUGCCUCAAAAUAUAAUCUAUGAAAUCUAUGAAAUGCUUAAAAAACUUUGGGUGAAGUUGCCAAUUAACCAAAAAUUCUUUGUAACACUAAAACUAUAGACAUACGCGCAGUUGUAGUUGUAGUGUACUCAAGUAGAUCGCAUCCUCACUUAUCAACAUAUAUGUGAAAAUUACUGACGUUCAUAUAUGAGUCUAGUAAAUUUAGUCAAUAUUUACACUUAUGCUCGGUUAUUAUAUUAUAUUUAAGUGAGUCCAGUAGUGAUCAACUAUUACGCCUCGUGACGAGAAAUUUCUUUUAAAUAACAACAAUGCCUAAUAUUAUAUUAUUAUUAUUAUUAUUGUUCACUAUUAGUCGACUGUUACAUGUAUGUAUGUUAGGGAAUUUAUUUCAUUUUGUCAUUUUAAACUCGUCGCAUAAUCAUCACGUCUCUAAACUGAUCUAUAACUAUAAAUGAAUCAAAUUGUGAAAAACCAAUCAUGAAUCGUCAAAAAAUUAGUAAACGUUUCUUGUUCUUGUCGAGUCAGCUAUCCAGUGAAAUUCAUUAGUCUACACUAAACGAUAAAUGUCUCUCACCUGUAUAAAUUUUAUAUCAAAAUGACACGUCGAUAUCUUAUUGUUCUCGUCUCUUCAGGAAAACGCGCAGUAGAAAUUGAAACUUGUAAAACAAACAUUUGUCCAAUUGAAUUGACUAUUCGUUCUCUGAAUAAAUAUGCAGCACAUGCAACAUUAAUUACUAUUGCAACUUA